AAUAGUCUUCUCUGUCUCUCUCUCCCCCACCUAUCUUCUCCCUCCCCUCUCUCUCACAUCUCUUAUUAAUACUUGCAGACAGUAAUUUUAUAUUCCUCCCACAGAAGGGAGCAUUGCUCUGCUUCUGUAACCUGCUCGCCAUUGAUUACAUCGGCAGCUAGCAGCAGAGAGCUUCUGGGAUUUCCUCCCCUGCUUCCGUAAACCAUCCGUGGCGGCGGGGGCGAUGGAUCGGGUUCUGCCGACAUUUCCGGGGGGGAUGUGGGCCGUAAUGCGGGCCCCGGUGAUGGUGCCCGUCCUGAGGAUGGCGGUUGUUCUGUGUCUGGGAAUGUCUGUGAUGCUGUUCGUGGAGAGGGUGUACAUGGGAGUGGUGGUCGCUUUUGUGAGGGUGUUUGGGUGGGGAAAGGGGGAGAAACGCUACAAAUUCGAGGGGUUGAAUGACGACGACGAAGACGACGACGUGGAGCUGGGGGGCUCGGCGGCUGAUUACCCCACCGUUCUUGUUCAAAUCCCCAUGUUCAACGAGAGAGAGGUGUAUCAGCUUUCCAUCGGGGCCGCAUGUGGCCUUUCUUGGCCGUCUGAUCGCAUCAUUGUUCAAGUUCUUGACGAUUCCACCGACCCUUUCAUCAAGAAUAUGGUGGAAGUGGAAUGUCAAAGAUGGGCAAGCAAAGGAAUAAACAUAAAGUAUGAAAUAAGAGGGAACAGGAAGGGGUACAAGGCAGGGGCAUUAAAGGAAGGCUUGAAACAUCCUUAUGUGAAGCAAUGCGAUUUUGUUGCCAUCUUCGAUGCCGAUUUCCAACCCGAGCCCGAUUUCCUCUGCCGCACCAUUCCUUUCCUCCUGCACAAUCCCCAACUUGCCCUCGUCCAGGCUCGAUGGAAAUUCGUGAAUGCGGAUGAAUGCUUGAUGACAAGAAUGCAGGAAAUGUCUUUAGAUUAUCAUUUCACUGUGGAGCAACAAGUUGGCUCCUCCACCUAUGCCUUUUUCGGCUUUAAUGGGACGGCGGGUGUAUGGAGGCUGGCUGCUAUAGACGAGGCAGGCGGGUGGAAGGACCGAACCACGGUUGAGGACAUGGACUUAGCCGUUCGUGCUUCUCUCAAAGGAUGGAAGUUCUUAUACCUUGGUUCCCUCAAGGUGAAGAAUGAAUUGCCAAGCACAUUCAAGGCGUAUCGAUACCAACAACACAGGUGGUCUUGUGGCCCUGCUAAUCUUUUCAGGAAAAUGGUGAUGGAGAUUGUCAAAAAUAAGAAAGUGAACUUGUGGAAGAAAAUCCAUGUCAUCUACAGCUUCUUCUUUGUCCGAAAGAUCGUUGCACACAUUGUCACUUUUGUUUUCUACUGCGUCGUCUUGCCUGCAACCGUUCUCGUCCCCGAGGUCGAUGUUCCAAAAUGGGCAUCUGUUUAUAUUCCCACUAUCAUCACUCUCCUCAAUGCUGUUGGGACUCCAAGGUCAUUGCAUUUGCUUGUGUUCUGGAUCCUUUUUGAGAACGUUAUGUCUCUCCACCGCACAAAGGCUACCUUCAUCGGAUUGUUGGAAGCCGGGAGAGUGAACGAAUGGAUUGUAACCGAGAAGCUAGGAGACGCCGCGGCUUUCAAGCUAAAACCAGCACCAACGAAAGUGUCGAAAAAACCUCGGUUUAGGAUUGGAGAAAGGAUUCAUAUCCUAGAACUUGCAACUGGUGCCUACCUCUUCUACUGUGGGUGCUAUGAUGUUGCAUUUGGGAGGAACCAUUACUUCCUUUACCUCUUCAUCCAAUCAAUCGCCUUCUUCAUCGCUGGGUUCGGAUAUAUUGGCACAUUUGUCCCCUAACUCGUAACGGUUUGCACGUUCUGGUACACUGCAUAUGAAUCUUUUCUGGUUUUCGCGCCGUGCUGUCUUUAGCAUUCCAAGAAAUACAGCAUCUUGCACCUUCAUUCUUUUUUUUUUCUCAUUAAAUUGGGUCAGGUUUGUUAUUCAAUUCUUUCAUUGUAUAAUAGAAAAGGUCUUGUUGUUUGGUUUAGGUUGUAAGUCAUAAGAUUUGGAGUUCUGGUGCAAAUUGAUAUGUAUGUUUCCCUUGUGUAUAUUUCAACAUUCACAGCAAUACAGAAAGAUAGGAAAAGAUGUACCAUAAGAAUGCAAUAUUAUAUACAAGAAAUUGGAUUUGAUUAU